AUGACAGAUGGGGAAACUGAGGAACUGAACAGUGAGACUGUCAAGGGCCCCACGGAGCAGGAGAACAACACCAGUGUCCAGGAGUUCAUUCUGCUGGGAUUCCCGACAAUCUUGGAGCUACAGAUAAUGCUCUUUGUGAUAUUCCUGGUGGCCUAUGUGCUGACCCUCCUGGAGAAUAUGGUCAUCAUUGCCUUGAUCCAGACAAACCAUCACCUCCAUAAGCCCAUGUAUUUCUUCCUCAGUCACCUCUCCUUCCUGGAAGCCUGGUACAUCUCAGUCACCAUCCCCAAACUGCUGGUGAAUUUCCUGGUGGAUAACAAGAGCAUCUCCUUUGUGGGAUGCAUGACCCAACUCUACUUCUUCAGCUCCCUCUUAUGCACUGAGUGUGUCCUGCUGGCUUCCAUGGCCUACGACCGCUAUGUGGCCAUCUGCAACCCACUGCGUUACCCAGCCAUCAUGACCCACCGGUUCUGCCUGCAGCUGGCAGCUGUCUCCUGGGUAAGUGGCUUCUCCAUCUCCAUGGUCAAGGUGUCCUUCAUCUCGCAACUGACAUUUUGCAGCCCGGGGAUCAUCAACCAUUUCUUCUGCGACAUCUCCCCGGUGCUGAACCUGGCCUGCACCGACAUGUCACUAGCGGAGACGGUGGACUUUGUGCUAGCCUUGAUCAUCCUGAUGGUCCCGCUCUCUGUGACCAUUGUCUCCUACCUGUGCAUCAUUGCCACCAUCCUGCACCUCCCCACAGUCCAGGGGAGGAAGAAAGCCUUCUCCACCUGCGCCUCCCACCUCACUGUGGUCAUCAUCUUCUUCUCAACCUCCCUCUUCAUGUAUGCCCGGCCCAAGAAGAUCCACCCUUUUGACUUGAACAAGGUGGUGUCGGUCGUGUACACUAUUGUCACCCCCAUGCUUAACCCCUUCAUCUACUGCCUGAGGAACCAAGAAGUGAAGGGGGCACUAAGGAAAGCUUUCUGUGGUGUGAGUGCUGUCCACCAGGCCUCUGUGACAGACACAGCCCUCCAAAGGGUCAGAAAGUUUCAUGCUGGUGGACCAUGA